UUACACAACAAUUCUUCACAAUUUCAUCUUCCAUUUUCAUCUUCUUCAUCAGUUAUCAUUGUUCCCGAGGAGUUUCUAAAUCUCAGAUUCAGUUAUCUCCUCCAGGGAACCGUUAGGUUAUUAUUUUUCUCGCUUUCAGCUUCUUCAAUGGCGACCGAACCUUUCACCGACAAAACCGCCGUUUUCAGGAAGCUGAAAGCCAAAUCGGAGAAUAAGAUGUGUUUUGAUUGUAACGCGAAGAAUCCUACUUGGGCGUCGGUGACCUACGGGAUAUUUCUCUGUAUUGAUUGCUCUGCUACGCACCGUAGCCUCGGUGUUCAUAUUAGCUUCGUUAGGUCAACCAAUUUAGAUUCAUGGACACCAGAUCAGUUAAAGAUGAUGAGCUUUGGUGGCAAUAAUCGUGCCCAAGUUUUCUUUAAGCAACACGGGUGGACAGAUGGAGGGAAAAUCGAGGCCAAAUACACCUCUAGAGCUGCUGAGUUGUAUAAACAAUUACUUUCAAAAGAAGUUGCUAAAAGUUCUGCAGAAGAGGCUGUCUUGCCAUCAUCCCCUGUUUCUAACAAAACAGUUGAACCUUUUGAAGGACCUUCUGAUGGACCUUCUGAUUUUAAGGUCACUGAACCCCCAAAAGAGACCUCUUCAGCAAAACCUGAAUCCAACAUAUCCAAUGGCUCUGCUCCAGUUAAAACCUCUUCAUCAAUUCGUACAACUACUGUCAAAAAGCCUAUUGGUGGUGCAAAAAAGACCGGAAAACCUAGUGGGCUUGGUGCAAGAAAACUUAGCACCAAGACAAGUGAAAGUCUGUAUGAUCAGAAGCCUGAAGAACCGGUUGUACAAGUGUCCACGUCAGCAAGUGGCAUAUCCACAUCUGCUGCAACACCUCACACCUCACGCUUCGAGUAUGUUGAUAGUUCUCAAACUGUGGAGACAGGUCCAGGUGGCGUGAACACACUUAGUCAUGUUGCGCCACCCAAGUCAUCCAGUUUCUUUGCUGAAUAUGGGAUGGAUAGUGGUUUCUCCAAAAAAAGUACCGCGUCAAAGGUUCAGAUCCAGGAAACGGAUGAAGCAAGGAAGAAAUUUUCUAAUGCUAAAUCUAUUUCGUCAGCACAAUUUUUUGGAGACCAGGAGAAAGCUGAUCUUGAUGGUCAAGCAAGACUUGAUAAGUUUAAGGGGUCGGCAGCGAUCUCAAGUGCUGAUCUAUUUGGUCGUGACGAGGAUAAUUCUAACCUCGAUCUUAGUGCCAGUGACCUAAUCAACAGAAUCUCGUUCCAGGCGCAACAGGAUAUGUCAUCCCUAAAGAACAUAGCAGGAGAAACAGGAAAGAAGCUGAGCUCCAUAGCGUCGACUUUAAUGAAUGAUUUCCAAGAUAGAAUCCUUUGAAAGGUGUGUUAAAAUGAUGUUAUGUGUAAAGGGUUGCGGAAUUUGUUUUAAUAUUGUGAUGUGUGGUUAUCAUCGUUUUCUUGGUUUUUUUAAGAUGUAGAGAGAGCGAGCUACCAGUGUCAUCGGAUUCGGUCAGGACAUAUGUAUAAGACGGUUAAAACUUAAACAAACAGUCUAUGUAUUACAUUUUAAAGACCAUUUUCAUAUUCUUAAUGCCUUUUUCAUA